GCAGUUAACAAGUCUGUGUGCAACUGAGCGUUAAACUUUUUAAUUUAAUAUUCUUCUAUUAAGUAGGAGCUUUUUAAAAUGCAAUCUUGCUAAAUAAUGUUGCGUCUUACAAUUUAUUUGGCGUUUCUUAUUUUCAAGAUUUCAUUGGUGCAAAAUGAAUUUCAUUGGAAUGCCGGAGAAGCUUCUAAGAUGUCUUGCAUUGCACCUCAAAAUUGCUCUUCGUGUACUCUGAAGAAGCGAUCCGAUAAAAGAAACAAUUUUACUGAUUUAGGAAAAGUUAGCGAUUUGGAGGUAUGUGCUCUACUGUGCUGUGAAAUAGAAGUUUGCGAUCUUGCUUUACUUGAAAAUGAACGUUGCUACUCAGUUUCAUGUUAUAGUGAAGAUUCAUGUGAGACUGAGUUAGUACCUGUCAAGAACAAAAAUAGUUUAAAAACUGAUAUAAUAAAAUUCAGAAGAAAAUCUGGAAGUGAUGUGUGGAGUUCUGGAUCAAGAAAAAACCAAGAUGAUGAUAGCAUAUCGAGGAUUGUUACUAAGCAAGCGUCUGUUCAAAAAUUAGCUAAUCAAAAAGAUAUCGACCAAAAAGAUGCCUCCAUUACACUUUCAAACAAGGAUAAAAUGGAGUCACCUAUGGAUGCAUUGUUGCAAAAAGAAUCUUCCAUUAUACGAUCCAAACAAAUUAAGCAGGCUUCGCUAUCAAAAAAAGAAGAAAUAUCUACUGAAGUAAAUGAAAAAAUUCAGACGGUGACUGAACAUUAUUUAAAAUCUCAGGAGAAAUCUGAUAUAACAGCACUUCAGGAAAAUGAAACAGUAUCACAUAUAAGCAAGAUGUCUAUUGCAGGAAAAAGUCGUGAUUUAAGACAUACAUUAAUUUCACCAAUUACGAUUGGGGCAUUUACAUGUAUGGCUGUGAUAGCGGUGAGUGGUUUUGCAAUGGCCAUUAUUAAAUAUCAAAAAGAAAGAAAAGAGUUUCAGGAUAAACAAACCCAAAAACCAUAGAAAUAAAAAAUAAUAAACUCGUUUUUUUUUUUCAUGCACAAAUUUUUUUAAUAGUUUUCUGUGAUAAGAGGUGAAGUAUCAGUACAUAGUGAGGAAGGACAUAUCCUAGCAACCGACAUUAAAAAAAAUUAACCCUUAUUAUAUAAUUUAGGUAAUAUCAGACUAUUAAAAUGGAAAUGUAUAUAAUAUUAAAAAAAAGAAAAUAAGAAUUGUAAAAUACUUUUGAAGUUUUAGUUAGGUUUUAAUAUUUAAUUGA